CGGGACAUGUCAGUCUAGUGGGCAUAACGCAAGCACUGUAAGCAGAGGUUGGCGGGCUUAUUUGCGUCGCGGCUUCUGAGGAGUGCAAAGCCAAGCGCUCGUCAUUUGUCUGUCGUGACAGGAGUGAGAAAUCUGUCUGCCGAAAAAGAUGGAGGGAAACAAAAGAACUAUGAGGGAGCGAUGCACCCUGAGGAAAGACAUCAUCAAAGAGUUUUUGGCGGAAUUUCUUGGAACGUUCAUCUUAAUACUCUUCGGCUGUGGUUCAGUGGCCCAGACGGUGUUGAGUCGGGGGGAGCUGGGGGAGCCCCUCACCAUCCACAUCGGCUUCACACUGGGGGUCAUGCUGGCCGUUUACGUGGCUGGGGGAGUGUCAGAAUGGGAUCAUAACACAGUGCCUCCUGCCCCCCAGGUGAUCGGCGCUGCAGCUCUGAUUCUGUGCAUCUUGGCGAUCACCGAUAAGAAGAACACUGGCGCUCCUAAGGGCAUGGAGCCGCUGGCCGUGGGCCUGACCAUCCUGGCCAUCGGCGUGUCCAUGGGCCUCAACUGCGGCUAUCCCAUCAACCCUGCCCGAGACCUGGCGCCCCGACUCUUCACUGCCAUGGCCGGCUGGGGCUUCGAGGUGUUCAGUGCUGGGAACUGCUGGUUCUGGAUCCCAGUGGCAGGCCCUCUGGUGGGGGGCGUGGUCGGGGCCACCAUCUACUUCCUGCUCAUCGAGCUGCACCACCCCGAACCCCAGAGACACGCGCAGGAUGACAACAACGUCAAGGAGAAAUAUGAGAUCGUCACCAUGAGCUAAACGCUAAACGCUAAACACACACACACACACACACACACACACACACACGUGCAGGAUGACAACAACAUCAAGGAGAAAUAUGAGAUCGUCACCAUGAGCUAAACGCUAAACACACACACACACACACACACACACACACACACACACACACA